AUGGAACGGCUUUCAGUGGUUGUCUCCAAGACGGGUAGCAGUGGGGACGGUGGGUAUGCGGCUGAGGCGCACACCCAAUCAGCGAGUCGUGCCUUGAGCGUGGGGCCUGAGAAGCUCGACUUGUCGCCGCGCAUACUCCCAGCCGACGCCAGCUCAGCCCGCCUCGAGCGCCCUGCUCAUUUCAAAAGGGCUGUCGUAUCAGGUCGCGCCCUUCGUUCAGGUCCAGGUCCAGGUUCAGGUCAAGGCCCGUCUCUUGCAUCGGCGCUCGAGCGUCGUGUCGAUCCAUUCAUCUCACCCGAGGGCGUCCUGCGGUGGUGCUAUGUGCUGUUUAUAGUCAUCCUGGGGGUCGGCAUCCCCUCUCCCUCCUUCCCGAAAAUGUACAUGUCGUGUCCUGCGGGCUUGCCCAGCCGGUUCGCCCCAGCCCGGCAGCUGGACGAGGGCAGGCCAAGCCAGCCGGACCCGCGUACUACAGCAGUAGCCGUGUCCAGACAUGACAGCGGCGUGCCUGACAUGUUGCCCCGAUCCAUGGCCAACCCCCGGGCGUCUCUCUCAGCCUUUGUGGCUCCGCCAUCAGGCUCGUUCAUGUCGUGGAACUCCGGGCUUUCGUUUUCGUGAGAUGGGCCACCGACACUCUCACGGCCAGUCCGGGGCGGUAUAUCCAAUAUCUUCGGGCCCAUCCAUGGACGAGGCUGUCCUCCCGGGUUCUCGACGGCCGACCGGAAAUUGAACAAUCGGUCCUUUUCGAGUUCUAUUCCCUUUCGUCUGGUGUCUGCCACUACAGUCCCGGCAUCGAGUGUUGCAGCACAACAGUAAUACCGAAAAGCCCAAAGGCCAUUUCAUUUAUUGCCAGCCAAGCCAGGUCCACAUCUAGACAAACGCCAU